AGACGCAUCUGUCACCUGAACAUUCAACAAGAUUCACAGCACAUACGAGCUGGACGUCUGAAGCGAUGAUCACAAACAUGAUUGUGUUGCUGUGUUUGUCCGCACUGUUUCCUGUGUUGAUGGGCAUUGAUGCCAACCCUGAUUGUUUUCCUGCCACUGACUGCUCUGAUGUUAAUGCGGGUAACAGUGGCGUUUACACCAUCACCUUAAAAGAUGGACCGGUGCAGGUCUACUGUGAUGUGGCGUCCAGCGGACAAAAUGACCAAGGACACUGGACAGUGUUUCUCAGGCGAAUGGACGGCGAAGUGAAUUUCUUCAGGCCAUGGGAGAGUUAUAAAAAAGGUUUUGGCAACAAAGAAGGCGAAUACUGGCUGGGUGUUUUUGUGACAUUUUGGGCUUAAUAGCAAACAGAGAAAGACACGUUAAACCUGGACAUUAAAUCAGGUUAUGUAUCAGAGUUAUUAAACCAGUUUCCUUUCAU